UGUUGAUUCCUUGGUUAUUCGAAUUAAGGACUAUAAUGGAUUGGAUUUGGACGGACACAUCAAUGUCUAUGUUCGAUUGGUUAAAAAUGGAAGACAUUUUCUCAACAAUAUUUCAACUAAAAUGUGCAAGAAACUUCGAAGAGCAAUUUCCAGUGGCUCGUGGCAUGAAGAAAAAAUGGGCGGUAAAAUUGUUAAUGGGAGGUGGUGCUGUUUUACUAAUAGUUAUGAUCAUGUGGUUCCCUUUGGUGUUCUUUGCAAUUGGCAAUACAGUUGGAAGCCCUAAUAUCCCUUAUGAAGUAACUGCUGAACUCAGAAUUGGUAGUAUGGAGCCUGUUUUUAAGGGAGUGGCGACUAGGGAAGAUAUCACUCAGUUUAAUGAGAGACAGUGGCAACAAUUGAGCAAUGCUUAUAGAAGAGACAGGACAGCUCAAACAUUUUUAUCAAACUAUGAAUACAGGGAUGCAUCAGCUGUUACUUUCCGAUCAAAUUCGCUUACAACUUGGAGAGUUGCACCUCCUGAUGUUAAGCAUUUAGUACAUGAAAUCAACAGCAAUCGUACAGUACGUGUAACUCUACGUUACUCCAUACGCCACAGCGUUAACAGUCCUAAUCAUCCCUUGAUAAUCGAGGUUGAAAAAUUUGUCUUGCUUAUGGACCCUGUGCAAAGGCAAAACUUGGCUGCUCUUUUAUCAGGAAAUGGAACAAAACUGUGA